AUGAUUCCCCCCGGUAUGUACCUUCUUCAUAAUGAGGUUCUUGGGAGGGAAAUCUGGUAUAUUUUCUACUCGAUCAGUGGCUUCUUCGCUUCUUCCGAUCGCUUCGAAACCCGUCGGUCGAAUCCAGUUCGAUCCCAGAAACAUGACGAAAACGAAAGGGAUGGGUAAAAAAAGAAAUUAUUUUUUGUGAAAAUGAGAUGAGCAAACGAACGAUGCUUAAUUCAACAUUAUCCCUCGCGCCUUUUUUUAUUACGUUACAGGGAGGGGGAUUCAAGGGUUUCCGGUGAACUGCUUAACGCUGGUCAUUAUUAUACCUAACAAAUUCAAAUCAUCUCUCAGAGGAAGUACCGAUUUUUAGGUGUUGACGGAAUCUGGUCUAAAUUUAAGGCCAAAUUUAACAUUUUUAAGGUACGUAUUCUAUACCGCAUUAUGCUGAAACGGUGAUUUAGACAGAAAAAUGAUUCAGAUUAAGAUUUGUCUGAUGCAUCAUGAUGCAAUAUGUCUUCCUCGGUUAUUAUCAAUUUUAAAAUUUGACACGGACGAUUUUUGAAAGUUUUGUCGUAAAAUGGCUAAAAGAAAUAAAGACUGUCUCAAUUCAACAAAUAAAUGAUUUCAAAACAGUUUCUUUGACUCCUUAUGAAACGCUUUUUUCCUUGAUAAUUUUUACCCCUGGAAAAAAUCCCAAUGUUCAUCUACACUGCAUGCUGUGAUUACAUAAGCCCCCUUUUAAACCUAAUGAUCCGUCUCCCUCUUCUGUAUUCCCUCCGCAACGAACCCAUUAAAUAUCUGAUUGUUAUGUGUAUUGCAUGUUGAAGAAGCGGCGGGAGUGAUUACUAAAAUCCGAAGAAGAUCUGGUUUGUUUUCUUCCGAAAGCGAAAGUUGUUGGGAAAUAAAUGACUUCUGGCGAAUGUUUUGGUUUGACAGUUUAUAUUCUUCGGUAUUUAAUCCAGUUUUUUAUUUUUUAUGCAGAGUACAGUAUUUUUAUUUUGUUCAUAACAAUUAAAUUUUUUACCAGUUUCAUUACUUUUUAUGGCAAUUGUUGUAAAUAAUAAGAUUUUUUUUAAUAAUGACCAACACGUUACCCUACAAAUUGCGCAACACUUACUUUCGCCCCCCAAAUCAAGCUUCACGGCUCAUUUGGCCGUUCCAAUUACCGGUUCCCAAUGAAUAAUUUGUUUUCUCUUACAAGUUAUUAUUAUUUAUCGAACCGAAACCGGGUUACCUCAAGACUCAAGGGCCAUUUCUUUUUUUGUCUUUUCGUAUACGUAGGCUUUCUUUUUUUGUUUGAAGAUAUACAUUGUAGAAAGAAAAAAAGACAAUGGAAUAAUAUUUUUUGAGAAUUCCGAUUGCUUUUGGAAAGUUGUCAAAACGUUUUGGGUGGAGAGUAACCCUGAGGUUAUCUAGACGUCGCUAUGACUGUGAUGGGUAAAUCUUUUGGUUCCGGGAAAGGGUAUAAGAGUUUGCAAAAACCGAAUUUACUUGUUAUGCGGAGAUUGUAAAAUUUUUACGAGUUUCUUUAUGGUGUAGAAGCUUAUGAAAGUUGGGUUUGGAUGAAGGUUGGUCAGAUCAGACAGGAUUAUGAAGUCUAAAUGGCUAGCCAAAACGCUGGAUUUGCCUUUCUCGAGUGGUAUGAAGACCUUCCAAUCCACCCUUCGGCUGGCAUUUUGGACGAUUUUUAAUUCAUUCAACUUUUUCAAUUUUUCAUAAUCGCAGGGAUUCACUAUAAAACCAGGGGCCUGUUUCACUAACAUAAAAAUAAAUAAAAGAGAAGUAGGGGGGAGCGAGAGAGCAUCGAAAACGCGUUUGCGAGCAAGAGAAACCGAACGAAAAGCAGAAGUAGCCUACUUUUGCGGGAGUGACUUUUUACGUCCAAAACCGCGGUUCGCGGCAGUAUUUUGGCCAUAACUUUUUUCUCAGUUGGUCUAGGAACACCCUUCAAAAUUUACAAUGAAGCUGACAGUUUCAGCUAUCACCAAGAUUAUUUUCAUUGCUGUGGUGCCAAAACCCGUCCUUAAAAAAAUCGUAAAGUACGCGUGCUUUAAUUUUUGAGAAAACCGACUAAAUUUGAGCUUAAAAUUCCCAUAACUUGGGUAAAACUUUUCGGAUUGAAACCCUCCAAAAAACAACACAUAGACUUUUUUAAGUAGUUUUAGACAAUAUGUGUUUUGAAUUCCUUUUAUAGCCCGGUGGACCGCUAAUUUUACAGUAGUACGGCCAACCAUCUCGUUUUUUCUUCUUCGCGGAAUAAAAACGCAUUUUUCUCACCAAUUUUUAUAAGAAUAAUUACAAAUUUCAUAUCAGUGUGUAAAGACGUUUCUUAGCUACAUUAUGUUUUUUGAGGGGUGGCGAUAUAUCAUAAAUUGAUAGAGUUACGGGCAAUUAAAUCAAGGUAACCUCCAUUUUUGACCAUAAAAAGUCGUUCCGAAAGGGGCGAACUUUUCCUCUUCCUUUGAUUUGAGGGCUCUUUUUAUGACAAAAAUGGAGGUAAAUUUGCCAUAACUCAGCCAUAAUAAGACCUACAAUUGGCCCUCUAAAAAAGCCUCAUAGAAAAAAAGACGGGCUAUCGACUGGUAUAAAUCAAAGCGUCAACAUUUUGAAAUUGACCGAGAAAUAAAACAUUUCGUAUCUUCAGUGUAAAUGUACUCUGUACUUUCAGCUAUAUAGCUAAUCUACUCUUGAAAAUAAAACAACGAAAUUUGGAUAUGUUGUAGUCUCAACCGUCAGCUUUAUUUGGUUUUUUGAAGGGUGUUCCUAUACCAAUUGAGAAAAAAGUUAUGGCCAAAAUUCUGCGGCCAACUCCGGUUUUUGGACGUAAAAAGUCACUCCGAAAGAGAAGUAGGCUACUUCUGCUUUUCGUCCGGUUUCUCUCGCUCGCAAACGCGUUUUCGAUGCUCUCUCGCUCCCCCCUACUUUUCAUUUAUUUAUUUUUAUGUUAGUGAAACAGGCCCCAGCACUAUUGGAAAAUUUUUCAAUUUCUUGCCUCUUUUUUCAUAAAAGGCAAAAAGUUCUUCCUGAUGAAGCAACUCGUAAAUUUUAAUGGCUUAUAAAUCGCAGAAAUGCCUGAGGCUAAAUUUCCAAAAUACCUAAAUCCAUUGUUGCAGGUAACUGGAAUGCCGUUGAAACGGCGCGAUGCAUUGAAGAGCCGCCGACGAAACCCCCAAAACAAACAACAACACCAUUCCCAGAGCUAUUCCACUUCCGGUUUCAGUUGUGCAGAUGCCUGCCUGAAUACGGCGAUCUCUUUUUCUCAGACGGUGAACUCAAGCCGUGUGAGUUCUGAGGAAGAGAAUAAAGAUGUCAGGCCAGUGACGACGCGAAGGAAGCGAUGGAUGUAUAUAGUCUUGGCAACAGUUGCUUUUACACUCUCUUCGAUACAAAUGGGUAGGGCAUUGGUCAAAAAUUAUAUUACACUUACCAUCUAAUUCCUUUGGAAUCCCUUUUAUAAUAGUCAUUGUUUUUAGCCUCCUCAACAGUGGUAAUAAAAAGAUUAACAGCCAAACAAUGCCUUACAAAUCCCUGUCUAAAUGGGGGAACUUGCACUCCCGGCAAGAUAGCUUGUGAUUGUGCUCAUGGAUGGAUGGGGAGAUUCUGCAACCGUACGUUGAUCCAGUUGUAUAUGAGUGCAGAUUUCAGGCAGGUGUCGGAAUAUCUAUCAAAGUUGCGAUCGAUGGGCAUUGGAAGAAAAGUGUGAAGUUGUGAGGACUCAAACAAACUUCUUUGACAUCAACUGUGCCGUUUCUUGUGGGAUCUGCACUUCUGAUCCAAGUGUUCGUAAGUAUAAUUAAAAUCAGGCAGUACUCUUUAAAAAGAACCCUGAAAAUGACUAAUCAUUACCACCGCUUAGACCUACCACGAAUCCCAUUGGCCCCCGCAUUAGAGCCUUUACAAUUUAUGCUGGGCCGCUGGUAUUCGGCCGCUUCCAAAUCUUAUCGAUUCCCAUCAGAUAUGAAAGGGGACACCUAUGAAGAGAUCUUGGAUAUCAUGCCUGCAGAAGUACCCAUGUUUGGAGCACCAUCUCUUAAUCUGACGUAAGGCUAACGAAUUUCAACAACAAUAUUUUUCGGGAAUGGAUGACUUAAAAUAAUGUUUUUAGAAGUACAUCCUGGUCUGGACCAGACCGUCGGAUCGUCCACGGAUUCCUAACACUUAAACCUAACUCAAUCCCCCCAGAAGUAGCUAUUUUGAGUACAGCAAAUGAAGGUUUGAAUAUGAUUGAGUUGGGGAGUAUUCAAGGAGGUGCGGCUACCUUCAAUAUAUCUUAUAUGCAGGUCCAUCCCGGACUAAAUAGCGUUCAAUUACCUCUUGGAGUAAGUUCUAAGUAAUACAUUCAAUUGAUUUUUCUAGGCAACCCGGAGAUUCAAACGACAAGGAGCUCUCUUGGAAAUGACAGUGGCCAAGCUCUAUUCCCAGAAUCGCGUCCAGCAAUUUAAGAAGAUGUUCCGGAAGAUAUAUUCAUAUCAAUAUUAG